CUGGCCCCAGUUCUUCGCAGUCGGGGGCGCUUUGUGUCUCGGUGGGAAGCGGCAGCCCGGUGCCAUGGCGCUGCGCGUGGCCGUGUUCGACCUUGACGGGGUGCUGGCGCUGCCCUCGGUCGCGGGCGCCCUCCGCCGCGCCGAGGAGGCCCUGGCGCUGCCCAGAGGUUUCCUGAGUGAAACUUUCCAGAAAGAUGGGCCGGAUGACCUCAGUACCCGCCUCAUGAAAGGAGAGAUCACAUUUUCCCAGUGGGUGCCCCUUAUGGAAGAAAACUACAAGAAACACUCUGCAGCAUCUGGAAUCCACCUCCCAGAGAAUUUCUCCAUAGGUCAAAUUUUUAGCCAGGCAGUGUCCUCAAGAAACAUCAACCAGCCCAUGCUUCAGGCAGCGCUGGCCCUCAGAAAGAAAGGGUUUACGACUGGCAUCUUCACCAACAACUGGCUGGAUGACGGCACUGAGAGAGGCAGCGUGGCCCGGCUGAUGAGUGAGCUGAGCCCGCACUUUGACUUCCUGGUAGAGUCGUGUCAGGUUGGGAUGAUGAAGCCCGAGCUGCAGAUGUACAGGUUCCUGCUGGACACCGUGAAGGCCAGUCCCGGUGAGGUUGUUUAUCUGGAUGACUUUGGGAGCAAUCUGAAGCCGGCCCGUGAUUUGGGAAUGGCCACCAUUCAUGUCCAGGACACCGACGCAGCCUUGAGAGAGCUGGAGAAAGUCACCGGGCUGCAGCUUCUCAGUCCCGCAGCCCCCCUGCCGGUCCCCUGCAGUCCUAAUGACGUGGGCCACGGGUACGUGACCGUGAAGCCUGGGGUUCGCCUUCAUUUUGCCGAGCUGGGCUCUGGCCCCGUUGUAUGCCUCUGCCAUGGAUUUCCUGAGAGCUGGUUCUCUUGGAGGUACCAGAUCCCAGCCCUGGCCCGCGCAGGUUACCGGGUUCUAGCGAUGGACAUGAAAGGCUAUGGAGACUCGUCCUCCCCUCCUGAAAUAGAAGAGUACGCCAUGGAAGUAUUGUGUAAGGAGAUGGUAUCCUUCCUGGAUAAGUUGGGCAUCCCACAAGCCAUAUUCAUUGGGCAUGACUGGGCUGGCGUGCUGGUGUGGAAAAUGGCUCUGUUCUACCCCGAGAGAGUGAGGGCAGUGGCCAGUGUGAACACUCCCUACAAGCCAGAAAAUCCCAGCAUACACCCCAUGGAGGUCAUAAAAAACAUCCCAGUUUUUAACUACCAGCUCUACUUCCAAGAACCCGGAGUGGCAGAGGCAGAAUUGGAACAAAACUUGAGUCGAACUUUCAAAAGCUUCUUCCGAGCAAGUGAUGAGGGCUUUCUGUCGGUGCACAAAGUCACUGAAAUGGGAGGCCUCUUUGUGAAGACUCCAGAAGACCCCAGCCUCAGCAAGCUAGUCACAGAGGAAGAAAUCCAGUUCUACAUCCAACAGUUUAAGAAGACUGGAUUCAGAGGUCCCCUAAACUGGUACCGGAACAUGGAACGAAACUGGAAGUGGGGUUGCAGAGGUGCUGGACGGAAGAUCCUGGUUCCAGCCCUGAUGGUCACCGCGGAGAAGGACUUCGUUCUCACCCCUCAGAUGUCCAAGAACAUGGAGGACUGGAUCCCCCACCUGAAAAGGGGAAACAUUAAGGACUGUGGACACUGGACACAGAUGGAGAAGCCUGCGGAGUUGAACCAGAUCCUCAUUGAGUGGCUGGAUGCUGAAGUCAAGCACCUGCCGGUGGUCUCCAAGAUGUAGCCGGUGGCUCAUUCCCUGCAGUGCUCACACUCUGCAUGGGACUGAAGGAGGGCUCUUGUCCGGAUGUGGCCUUCACUUCACCUCUUGUAACCCGCAGCAUUGCUCUCAAGGGGUUGGACAAAAUGGUUCUCUUGAAGUCCUUCAAAGACGCUGUAAUUUUAGAUCUAGGAGGAAUCGUGUGUGAUUAGUACUCUGGGUAUAAUUGCAUCUUCCACUGAGCUCUCACAACCAUUAGUGCCCUGACAGGACAGAGCGGGGACAGCCCAGCGUGAUUUGUCUUUGACCAGUGUUUUGCAAGAAAAUUUGCAGUUCAUUUUGAAGCACCUGAGCAGAGAUUAGGAGCCUUUGUUCAGUAGAGCUUAGACUAGGGAGCUCCUGCUCUUUGUGUCCGUGGAGCAUCACGGCGGUAGUUCUGAGAAGCUGGCACAGCUCUGUGCAUGCCCUGUCUGCCCUUGCGCUGCUCUGCGGGCUUCUGCCAGGAUGUGGUGGUCUGUGGCAGCCAUCAAGGUCGCCCGGGCCCCUCCUCCCUGCUCCCCCACGGGCUUUGCUCCUGUCCUGAUGCAUAAUUUGUGCACUUGAAGUGUGUGGUGGGACUGAGACUCUAAGUGGAUGUUCAGAUGCCCUGUGUGGCGAGCAUGCGCCGCCUCUGGGGUUCGGUGCUAGUCUCACUCUGCCUUCUCUUUUAAUGGGUCUUAUUUGGGCAACUGGGUCUUGAAGCAAGCUAAAUUAGGGACACUUAGGGACGGCAACGCAGAGCCAGGAGCUAAGAAUAAACUGUAUUCGUGGGUGACUUGAAGUCUCGCACUCCUCAUUUGGCUAGAACAGCAGUUCUUAACCUUGCAGCACUGAUUUGCCCGGAGUUGUAGAUAAGCACACCCUGGGUGGCUAUCCCAAGAGAAAUUCAUACUUGGAUUAAAAGGAGACCUUUUAAUAAAUAAAGAGCCCCUAACUAUGGAUGUUUCUGCCCUGAAUAAAUAACUUUCUGAAAGCA